CAUUAGUGUCAAUGACUCAAAUGUCAUGUUUUGUUCGCACAUAGAAAAUAAACAGAAAAAAAAGUUUUUAUCUGAAGAUUCCCAAGUACUUUGUUUCCAUUUGGAUUUCCAGGAAACUUAAAAUGGUUUGAUGAUUAUAUGUGAGGCAAAAACUAUCUUGAUGAAAACCCUCUAAAAAUGUGGAAAUAUCAACUGAAAGUGGUGCUAUGGAAGAACUGGAUAAUUCGCAAAAGGCAUUGGAUCCUCACAUUAUUUGAGUCUUUUGUUCCAGUCUUAUUGUUCAUAUUAGUAGCUUAUGGUAGGAGUAAUAUAACGUCUUUAAGUAAGAAGCAUGUAGUCAAUGUGACCGAGAAUGAAAAGAUCCCUAUACUCUAUGAGCAAAAUCCAUUUAACUUGGCGGAGACAUACUUUUUAUAUACUCCUGACAACCCUUACUUCAAUGAUAUCAUGCAUCGGGUACAGGAAAAGUUCCAGUUUAUAAAUAAUUAUAAGUUAGGGUUUGGAAACGAGAAUCAACUGCUAAACUUCUACAAUAAUAAUAAUAAUCAUACUGUAUUAGCGGUAGUUUUUAACUCAAAAGCUGGCAAUAAGAAGUUGGAUUAUUCUAUUCUGUUUAAUCGACCUUAUUUGAAAACCAGCGAACCGUAUGAGAAUCAGUUUAUUUUCCAACCGGGAAGAGGCAGUACAUAUUUAUGGGGCGGCCUCUUAUACCUACAAAAGGCCUUGGACAUGUCCUUUAUAGAAAAAGAAAAGGAAUCCCAAAAUGGGCAAAUGCCAGAGAUCACGUUGUUGAGCCAGGAAUUCCCUUAUCCUCCUCACACUAUGGAUUCGGGGCUACCUUCUAUGCUCAUGUCUGUGUUGCCGCUGAUUACAUUGUUCAGUUUUAUAUUCGCUUACCCUGCCGUAUUAAAACGUGUCGUGCAAGAAAAACAUAGCGGGAUUAGAGAACUAAUGCGGAUGGUAGGUAUGAAACCGUGGAUGAUCUUACUAGGAUGGUUUAUCUACAGCAUUCUCCCCAUGAUGUUGUCAGUAAUUAUAAUCGUCAUCAUUCUCAAAGUAGACCUUUUUGAUGCCGGUUACCCACCCAUAGAAUAUUCGAAUGCCGGGGUGCUGUUUCUGUUUCUUUUUCUCUACUGCGCCGCCUUGACCGCUUUCUGUUUUUUCCUUAGCACAUUUUUUAACAGACCCAAUAUUGCUACAGUAGUUGGGCUAUUGAUAUCCAUUCUAUCCUACGUUCUUCCCGCACAACUGCUGGAGGGCAAACGGGUGCCUUAUGCGGUCAGUUUGUUGUUACUCCUGUUUCCGAAUAUGGGAUUACAUUUUGGCUAUACCGCUAUUUCGCAAUAUGAAAUCAGAAACAUUGGAGUUCAUUUUUCCAACUGGUGGUCCUCGGGUGCUAAAGGGGAAAAUGAUAUAAGCAUGUUUAUCGUUUGUGUUAUGCUUGUUUUUGACUGUUUGCUGUUUAUUCUGGUUGCUUUGUAUACUUUCGAUACAAGCGGCGGUUCGAUAUUUUCACCGUUUAGGAAAAUUGUUACAUUUAUCACAAGACGUAACAGCGUAGACCACUCAAGCGAAGACGUGGAAUCGAUGAAUUUAAAAGAAAAAGACAGCUACACUACCGCUAUAGAACUGAUUCAUUUAACUAAAGUUUACAGAGGAAAUCCCGUGGUCAAGGAUUUAAGUAUCGGCAUUCCCGAAAAAGAAAUCACCAUUUUACUGGGUCAUAAUGGGGCUGGAAAGUCCACUACAAUGGGCAUGAUAACAGGCAUGAUUAGAAGAACGCGAGGGCAGAUAAAAAUCAACGGUAAAGAAAUUCAUUCGAUUAGCGACCUGGCUGAGCCUAUCGGACUUUGUACUCAGCAUAACCUGUUUUUCCCGGACUUGACUGUUACGGAACAUAUGAUAUUUUUUGCUUUAUUAAAGGGAAAGACAUUUAGGGAGGCAAAAGCCGAAACAAAUUUUUUAUUGGACAAGAUGAACUUGACGGAUAAACAUAAUGAAAUGGCCGAGGCGCUCUCUGGUGGUAUGAAAAGGAAACUCUGUUUGGGAAUGGCUGUUGUUGGCGGAUCUAAGAUCUUAAUUCUGGAUGAACCGUCUUCCGGAAUGGAUCCACAAUCCCGCAGAGAAAUGUGGGAUCUUUUGUUAGAGUGGCGACGUGAAAAAACGAUCCUUAUCACCACCCAUUUUAUGGAAGAAGCAGAUGCCCUUGGAGAUAGAAUUGCGAUCAUGAACGGCGGACGUUUAAUGUGUUUCGACCGGCCUAUGAGCUUGAAAAAACUUUAUGAUACCGGCUAUAACCUAGUCCUCCUGAUCGAAAAAGACGAUCAACUAAACAUCGACGAUACAAUCCUAAAAUUAAAAGAAAUCAUAAAAACGUUUGUGAGUAACGUGAAACUAAAGGGGGUAAAUGGCAACGAAGUGGAAUUCUUACUACCGUUCGGUGACAAUGACAGUUAUAUAAAGAAUUACAUUGAAAUGUUCGAGUAUCUUGAAAACUACAGGAAGGAGUUGCAUGUUGAAAAUAUUUCGUUUACUCAUACUACAUUGGAGGAUGUGUUUUUAAAUGCAAGGAUCCAAAACGAAAUUGAAAAUGGUAGCGAGGAAAACACCGAACCUGAUGGAAUCGAAUCAAUUAAAUCAGAUGGAUGUGGACAAGUGAGAGAUACAGAUUACUAUCUAACCAGCCACGCUCUACUAUACAAACGAUUUAGAUGCUUUUUGAGAAAUUUAUUAUCAUUUUCAGUUGCGGCCGUUAUAGCAAUUUUCUUGCUGGUCCUAUGCAUAUUGCUAAGCAUGAAAAACUCUACUUUCAUGACACCAGGCGGACAGGCUUUGAAAGUAUCUUUGAACUUUUAUGGGCGAACCAAGGUGUUCUAUAAUGCGACCGAGAAUCCGAACGCUCAAUCAAUAAUGCGGUAUUACCUAGAUGCCGUUAGUAAGGAAAAUGACUAUGAAGAAGUGUCAGAUGUGGGCAAAGCUAUUAUAGUUGAAGGUGUCAACAACCUACCAUUCUAUCAGCAACACUUAGUCGUAGCGGCAGAACUGACCACUACCAACCAAGACGACUCCAUAGAAGCCACGUUGCUCUACAACAAUUUCGCCAUACACUCCGCACCCAUUUCGCUCAAUUUAAUCACCACGAGUCUCGCAAAGUUCUUAUUAGGAGACCAAUAUUCCAUUAGCACCAGUUUUAAAUCGUUAGACUUCUUAAGCUCAAUGUCCAACGAAGAACUGUCCGGGAUGCAAGUGGGACUGCUUUGGUCCGUUAUUAUGCCCAUAGGAGUCUUACUGUUUGUGGGAUGUUUCAUUUAUUUCCCUUACUCGGAAUUGUCGACGAGGUUUACGCAGAUCCAGUUUAUGUGCGGAGUACCACCGUGGGUUUAUUGGUUGGUUACGUACGUUAGUGAUCUGAUCAUCUACGUGGUUUUUGUGCUGUUACUGAGCUUAAUUAGUAUGUUUUGGGUGCCGUUUCAAGGACAAACAGAACUAGGUCACCUAUUCUUAAUCUUCUUCGUCUACGGUCUGGCAGCCAUUCCCUUUUCCUACCUAUUCAGCAGAAAGAAAUCGAUGUCUGACGCGUUCGCCGUGUUCAUCGUAACCGGAGUUAUGUUAGGAAUAGUGCUGACCGUACUAGUAGUAGGACUGGAGCAAGUGGGGAAGAACUAUGCCACCACCAUGACAACCUUUAAGACACUUUUUUUAAUUUUCUGCCCUCCGUUCGCUAUGACUUAUUUGGGCCUGAAGUUUUCCAUGAAAGUCAUCGAAAAUUAUAAUUGGAAUAAUAUGGAAGAUUCGAAAAGGAUGGCAACUUGCAGUUUUAACUCCUCCAACCCUUGUUGCAUAAGCACAUCCCAAGCCUGCGUAAACUUUCAAAGUUACGAAUCAAUUCUUAAGCCCGAUAUAUAUUUAAUACUGUUGGGUGCACUACUUUAUCUAUUAUUAAACAUAGCAUUAGAUAGUUAUUUGCUGAAAAAAGUCAUUAAUUUUUUGCAUCAUCUAUAUUACACAAAAACGAAACGCACUUACUCUGAAAUUGAUUCGGAAAAUGUUUAUGGCACCUUAAGGGUAAAAGCCCUAAAGAAAUCUUACUCGGGACGGGAAGUCGUGAAAAACAUUUCCUUGGAUCUAAAAAGGGGCGAAUGUAUGGGCAUUUUGGGGGUGAAUGGAGCGGGGAAAACUACAACUUUUAAAAUGCUUACCAGGGAGGAGGUUAAGGACAACGGAACUAUUAAAAUUGAUGAUAUCAAUAUUGAGGAUAAUAAGUAUCUAAUGAAAUUGGGUUAUUGUCCCCAAAAUGAUGCCCUAAACUUUUCGUUAACGGCCAGAGAUAUUUUGAAAACUAUGGCGAUGCUGCGCGGUAUUAGCAACAAUAAAGUGAACGUUGUAGUGGAUCAUUUUUUGGAUAUGUUUGGUCUAACAGAGUUCGCCGAUAUCCCAUGCGAACAAUACAGCGGCGGCAAUAAAAGAAAACUGAGUUUCGCAGUGGCCGUCAUCGGUUACCCCGAUUUUAUUUUACUGGACGAACCGACCAACGGGGUCGAUCCCCUCUCCAGACGAAAAUUCUGGACCCUGAUUAAGAAAAUUAAGGAAAAACAAAACAAUUCAUUUAUUCUUACGUCGCACAGUAUGGCGGAAUGUGAGGCAGUUUGUAACGAUUUAAAAAUCAUGAAAGCAGGAACAAUUCACAAAGAAGGCACGAUAUCCAAACUUAAAAAUGAUAUUGCCGGUUUCAACAUAAGAUUAAAACUGAAGCAAGAGAAAGACAUUUCCAAUGAAGUAGAUGAGGUGGAUGGGGUGAGUGCUCCAUACGACGAAGUAGAUGGCAUUACAAAGAAGAAUAAUAUAUUGUUCCUCCCGGGCAAGAAAAAACCGAAACCGGUUAUAGUUAAAAGUAGUUACAGCCCCGUAAAGGCAUCAAAAAGAGAAUCACCGGAUGGUCAAAGUUCGGAGAAAUAUCACUUAGCAAGUUCAUCAGCUGAAUCUUCGUUUAGAUUAAAAACAGGAGCGGAGCUGAGAGGCUUCCUUAAGCAAAAGUAUACAAAUGGGGAGUUCAGGGAUGAACAUGGGGACCUACUACACUUUUACAUCAGAGAUAAAUCAAUGAAAUGGUCGAGACUGUUCAGGGAAUUCGAGGAUCUUAAGGAAUCUAACCCGGAUUUAAUCGAGGAUUACUCUAUAAGCGAGGCCUCGUUAGAGGAAGUGUUUUUGGAUGUGGCACGAUCGGACAGUGACAAACUGGCAGAGGUCUAAAUUACAUCAUAAAUAAAAUGACAAUUUGGAACUCAAUAACAAGCCCGAUUGGAAAACGGGGUUGGUAUUAUAAUUGUCAUUAAAAAUGGAAGCGGUAUGGAUGCGGAAAUGAGAUUUUCUCGAUCAAUUCUCGAUAUUUGAGAAAGAUUUUAAAAAACUCGAGAGUCGUAUAAGAAAAAAUCGUUAAAGUUCUAUUCAGUUAUUAAACUGUGAAUUUUAAUAGAUAUUAAUUUAUUAUUGCUGAACUAAUUAACAUUUUUCUGGUUUAAUUUUUUUUAAAAAGCCUGGCAGUUGUAGUAAACUGAACCUAUUGACAAUUAUAAUACCCUUACGUCGUUUUGUCAUUUGUUCACUGAGCCAAAUCUUGUCGUUUUACUACUUACCAGAAAAAAAAUUGUAGAGUUUUUGUUUUGUUUAAGAUUUUGUGUUUAAAAAAAUAGCUAAAAUUCCAAAAAAAUUUAAGAAGAAAUGAUCUGUAAUAUUUUUUUAUGUUAAUAUAAAAAAGGUAUUUAUUUCUAUAAAGAAAUUAUUUAAAUUUCUGUAAUAUACACAUAUAUACGAGAAAUAAUUCUAUGAUGCGUAGGCAAACGAGUGUAAGCCAAAAAUUACCAAAUCGAGAAACACCUAUUCGGAAAUUGUAGUGCUGAUAAUUUUAAAAAUUUAUUUAUUAUUUAUUUACUAACAAAAUGGCUUUAGCCUGAAGGCUAGCGUUACAACUUUAAUAGUUUUUUUUUAAUUAUAUUGUGAUAGUUUUUCAUUUUAGUAUAAAAGUGUGUAUAAAAGUUGCUAUACAAUUUUUAUAAUAAAAAAGUACUUAUUGAAGGUAUUAAAGGCAGCAAAUGCACUAGA